AUGAUUUCUAUUAGAACUAGUAACCUCGUCAGAACUAACAUCAGAGGGUUUAGUUAUCACAAAUUAAAUCUAUAUUAUUUUGCAGGCAUCCAUGUCAAAUUUAAAGGCGAGGCCCACACUGAAUGGUAUGAGAGCAAACAAGAAGAGAAUGCUCAAGGAAAAACAGAAUCAACGGACACUCUACACUCAGGGAGUGAAGAAUACUUCCAAAUUUCUUAUUACCUUCUUGGCAGCAACACAGGUAAUGAGAUAGAAAUCCCUUCAGGGAAGCAAGUGUACAGCUUCACUUGCACCCUGCCUCCUGUGCUUCCAUCAUCCUUUGAGGGGGAACAUGGGUACGUCAGAUACACUGUCAAAGUCACACUUGACAGACCAUGGAAGUUUGACCAGGAGACCAAGAUGGCAUUUACUGUCAUUAAUGCUUUGGACCUGAACCUCAAUCCGUCAUAUAGGGAACCAAUCCGCAUUCAAAUUGAAAAGACAUUCUGCUGUUUCUGCUGUGCAUCUCCCCCACUGUCUGUAGAUGUUCAAGCACCAGUCUCUGGAUACUGCCCUGGACAAGUCAUACCGAUACAGGUUGAUGUUGAAAAUAAGAGUAAUGUGCAACUACAUCUAGUAAAGAUAUUUUUAAGAAAGGUGGUGACAUAUCGCGCAACAUCGCCGUCAACUGCUACAAAAAAGGUUAAAAACGUUGUCUUGAUGGUGCAAGAAGGUCCAGCUCCUGCUGGAACCACAAAACAUUGGGAGUUAAAGCUUGAAAUCCCUCCCAUUCCACCCUCGAAUCUCGUCAAUUGUAACAUCAUUGAUCUGGACUAUGAUUUUAAGGUUGAAUGUGUCGUGCCAAAAAUGCAUCUAAACAUGCGAGACAAGAAGUACAUAACUAUCGGUACGGUGCCGCUGGUAGGCGUGGGGCAGGCCGCGCCGGCCCCCGGCGACAGCGCCCAAUACUCCCCGAGUCAGCCCGCCGUGCUACCGGUUGACCCUGGACAGCCUGCUCAGCCUACGGCUCCGUCAGCUCCAAGUGGCGAUCCUUCGCCAGGGUGGGUGAUGCCUGGAACGGUGCCUGCGCAGCCGCCCUACCAGUCGCUGUAUCCUACACUUUCUCAACCUGUGUACAAGGAGUCGGCAUACUCAGCUCGCACGAUUCAAGAUAAGGGUGAUAACAACUACACAGCUAUUACUGGCCCAAAUAACUUUGCUCCUUACUACCCUACGUAUGCAGCUGUACAACCACCCCCUCUACCUCAGUAAAUAACAGUAUUUCGUGUAUUUUCGACCUUUUGGCAUUUUAUAUUACUAUUUGAUACUAACAGCUAUGUAUAAUUGUAUGAUAUUAAAAAUAGCACAAGGCGGGUUGUGGCAAAUUGAUAUUUUGAUAUUAUUAUUUGCCUUUUAUGAAUGGCGUGUCGAAUAAAAAUUGUGAAUCUCUAAAUUCAAUCUGUACUAAUAGUGAUCUAGCAUUUUAUACCGUCCUUUAUUUAUACUAAUAUUUUUA